AUGGGCUUGGCGAUCAUCGCAUCAUUGCGGAAAGCUCUGUCGAUCGCACAAGCCUAUUGGGGUGGAUGGAUGGGGUUGUUGAGAUACUGGGAUGAAUGCGGUGUUGGCGGAACUAUCAAUAUGGAGGACGAAGUCGCUGCCUUGGUCAUUGACAAUGGUUCCGGUAUGUGCAAAGCCGGUUUCGCUGGUGAUGAUGCUCCCCGAGCUGUUUUCCCUUCCAUCGUCGGUCGACCUAGACACCAAGGUGUGAUGGUUGGUAUGGGUCAAAAGGACUCUUACGUUGGUGACGAAGCUCAAUCCAAGAGAGGUAUCCUUACCCUCAAAUACCCAAUUGAACACGGUAUCGUUACCAACUGGGAUGACAUGGAGAAGAUCUGGCACCACACCUUCUACAACGAACUUCGAGUCGCUCCCGAGGAACACCCAGUCUUGCUUACCGAAGCUCCUCUUAACCCUAAGCAAAACAGAGAGAAGAUGACUCAAAUCAUGUUCGAAACCUUCAACGCUCCUGCUUUCUACGUCUCUAUUCAAGCUGUGCUUUCCCUUUACGCUUCCGGUAGAACCACUGGUAUCGUGUUGGAUUCAGGUGAUGGUGUUACUCACACUGUACCCAUCUACGAAGGUUUCUCUUUACCCCACGCUAUCCUCCGAUUGGAUUUGGCCGGUAGAGAUUUGACUGAUUACCUCGUCAAGAUCCUCAUGGAGAGAGGUUACCCAUUCACCACCUCUGCCGAAAGGGAAAUCGUAAGAGAUAUCAAGGAGAAACUUUGUUACGUCGCUCUUGACUUUGAACAAGAAUUGCAAACUGCCGCUCAAUCUUCUCAACUUGAAAAAUCUUACGAACUUCCUGAUGGUCAAGUGAUUACCAUUGGUAACGAACGAUUCAGAUGUCCCGAAGCUCUCUUCCAACCUUCGUUCCUCGGUUUGGAAUCUGCCGGUAUCCACGAGACCACCUACAACUCCAUCAUGAAAUGUGACUUGGAUAUCAGAAAGGACCUCUACGGUAACAUCGUCAUGUCCGGUGGUACCACCAUGUACAACGGUAUUGCCGACCGGAUGCAAAAGGAAAUCACUGCUCUUGCUCCUUCAUCCAUGAAGGUCAAGAUUGUCUCACCUCCCGAACGAAAAUACUCCGUAUGGAUCGGUGGUUCCAUUCUCGCUUCUCUUUCCACUUUCCAACAAAUGUGGAUCGCCAAGUCCGAGUACGACGAAUCUGGACCUUCGAUCGUUCACCGAAAAUGUUUCUAA